AUUGCAAUCAAUGUCCAGAUGAUAUUUGCUGGAAUUUCAACAACUUCCCCCCAAUUCCAUGCUGUCUAAAUUAAUCUCUAUUUUUUUCCUUCCCCCAUAAUUCACGGCGGCGGUGGUGGUGGUGUAGGUGAGACGGUCACGGUCACGGUCACGGUGGUGCUCCGCUACUCAUAUCUUUCCUAAAUCCACAGCUUAAUUUCAAUCAAACAACCCACUUCACCAGAUUGUAGAUUGAAAAACUAUAAUGGGUGGUGCUUCAUCUGUUCCAGAACAUUCGAUUCAUGAAUUUACUGUCAAGGAUAGCAAAGGGAAGGAUGUGGAUCUUAGCAUCUACAAGGGAAAAGUUGUUCUUGUUGUUAAUGUUGCUUCCAAAUGUGGAUUUACAAGCUCAAACUAUGCGAAAUUGACUAAGCUUUAUGAAAAGUACAGAAACAAAGGUCUUGAGAUAUUGGCAUUUCCAUGCAAUCAAUUCUUGAAGCAAGAACCUGAAUCAAGUGAGAAAGUGGAGGAAUUUGCAUGCUCAAGGUUUAAUGCUCAAUAUCCCAUCUUUCAAAAGAUUCGUGUCAACGGGCCGAAAGCAGCACCUGUCUACAAGUUUCUUAAAGCUAAGAAAAAGGGGUUUCUUGGGUCUAGCAUCAAGUGGAACUUCACCAAGUUUCUUGUGGAUAAAGAAGGUCGAGUCAUUGGCCGUUACGGGCCAACUACUUCACCGUUAUCGAUCGAGGGAGAUAUUCAAAAAGCGUUGAACGCUUAGUGAGGUGUUCAGUUUUGUCCUAAAGGAGUAUAAAUAUGUUGCUUUUUGUAUGUUCUUGUUGCUCAAGUAGAUGUAUCGAUCAAAUCCGCUUAAUGUAAAAUACGCAAAACCUUGCGGAAAUCAUGGAGAUCGAAAGGGGGUUUUCUAGGGACGAAAAGCGUAGGAAUCACCUUUCGGUUGCUAGAAUUUAUGGUUGUUGGUUUGACGUGUAUGGUUUGUGGUUAUAAGAUGUCGAGUUUUUCGCACUUAAAACGGGUUGCUUUAAAGAUGUGUUUUGUGUA